AUGGACGGAGACGCGGUCUAUGGAAAAGUUGAAGAUGUUGUGGGCUGCCACGUUGAAGAUGCUGUAACGUUUUGGGCACAGAAUGUCAGUAGAUGUGAUGACCUCUUGAAAUUAACUCAUGCAUUGUCAGAAGUUUGUCCUCGGGCUAAUGCAGUUUUUGGCACGCUUGAUUUUCAUAAGAUUUAUGGUGGCUGUUUUUCUGAAGAUAAGUGUUGGUACAGAUGUGUGGUACAGCAAGUGAUCAGCAAUGAGAAGUGUCAGGUAUUGUACAUUGACUUUGGAAAUUCUGAGGUUCUGAAUAGAUCAGACAUAGUUGAAAUUCCACCAAACUUGCAAUGUCCGAGUGUUGCCAAGAGGUACAGGCUUUGGGGACUGCAGUUACCAGCUGAUGAGAACUUAAAUAUGUUUGACCAGGGGAAGAAGUUCUUGAGCAGCCUAGUUUUUGAAAAAGAAAUAAAAGUACGUCACAAAGCCAAGCAUAAAGAUGGUGCCAUUAUUGUCCAAGCAGAAUAUGAACAAACAGAUAUUGGAGAAGAGGUGGCCAAAGCAGGGUUUGCUGAAAAAUGCACGUCACCAGGAGACACUAUAGAUGCAGAAGACAGAAAAGCGGACGUAAUGCAAAACCAACAUCAGAGUUUAAAAGCUUCAGUUCCACUAUGGGUAAACAGGUCCAAUCGUGCGCUGUACAGCAUUUCAAAAGGGUGCAUUGACCACGUAGCUGCCAGUCCAAGGAGUCAGAAUUUUACUGGAAACCGUAUGUUUGCCCCAAAGGAAAAAUUGCUACCUUCUAACUCAGUGCCAGACACCAGCUUGGCACAAGUAAGAUCAGGUCAGAAGCUGUCUGAAGGGAAAGGAGUUCGCAGAAGGGAGAAUUUAAAUGCCUUGCAGAGCCUGAAAGAACUAGAACUGGAGGUUCAGCAGCUGAAACAUGAACUUCAGGUAUGUAAUAGAGAGAAGGAAGCAUCCAGGAAAACUGCUGAAAGUUUUGAGGAAACCCUACGUACUUUCAUUGGAAUGAAAAUGAAAAGUCUGGCUGCUAAGGUGAAGGCAUUGAAGGAAGUUAGGCAUGCAAGUAAGAACAGUCGUUUUGAGGCACAGCUCUUAGAAGCCAUAGAAGUGGUUACUAAAGAAUGUCUCACUGUUCCGUGUUCCUUGGGAAGAUUGCAGAAGGUUUGGACAGAGUAUGACUUGGCUCAAGAGAGGAUUAAGUUAUGCAAAAAUGUGAAUGAAAGAGAUGAACUGAUUACCAAGAGAGAUGAGGUGCAGCAGAACUUGUAUUCAGUUGUGGAAAAAUUAAUUAUAGAAGCGGAUCAGCUGCCCCUUUCUGAACGCUCAAGAACAUUACAGGAAUUGUCUGCUUCUCUGCAAAUGGUGUAUGGUCAAGGUUCUGAAGCAGAUGACUCUGAGGAGGUGUUUCAACAGCUCUUUCAGUGGAAGAGUCUUAAAAUGGAGAAAUUAAUUAGUGUCAGAAUUAAUACAGACAAAGCUCUGCAAAUUCUUGGUGACUGGUUCAGUGACACCACAAAGUGUUUUGACCUGAUGUCAGAGGCAUCUUCAGAUUUAGAGGAAGUGGUUGGCAAUGCAGAUGACAUUCUCAAAAAGGCUGAGUUGGCUAUUUCUGAGGAGCUAGAUACUGACUUAAAAGAGCAUGAUGAAGCAGAGAAGGGAAUAAUUAUGAGUGCUUACAACAAAGUUCUACAUAAAAUUUCUCAGGAGCAAAGUAUGAUCACUGUAAUACAGGACAGAUACUUGGCCAGCGUUGAGUUCAAAAAACAGGCUGAGGAGUGGCUGAAUAGAAGACCUGAUAUUAACAACUUAUUAUCAAUUAAGAAAACGGUGAAAAGCUUAAAGGCCCAGUUAAGGUGGAAGUUGGUUGAAAAGAACAACUUUGAAGAAUCUGAUGAUUACAGUGAGUAUGAAAUGACAGGAAUAAAAGAGGAAAUUGCUGACUUGAGAAAUAAGAUUCUUCAGGAAAUAUCCAAGGAACAAGAAGAAUAUGAGAAGCUUACUUACUUGGUUCAGAAAUGGUUCCCUGAAUUACCACUUCUUUAUCCAGAAGCAGGAAUUUUAAACUAUAUGAGCUCUGGUGGACUUCUGACUUGCAGCCUGGACCGAGACCUUCUGGAUGCUGAGCCCAUGAAGGAACUGAGCAUGAAGCGACCUUUAGUGUGUUCAGAAAUUCAGGGCCAGAAGGUUCUUUUAAAGGGAUACUCUGUAGAUGUAAACUCAGAGGCUCAAGUGAUAGAACGAGUUGCCAAGUAUCACAGAGUUUGGCACCAGCAGAAGGAUAAAUCUGGAUUAUUACAACUGUUGUUCCUUCUUUUCUGCAAGUCUGAUCCUUUGGUGUAUUUAAUGGUUCCGUACUACCCAGGAGCAAGUCUGGAAGCUUUACAGGCUGAUACACCUUUGACUUUAGAAGAGGCAUUAAAAGUGAUGAAAGGAGUGGCCCAAGGUUUACAAACAUUGCAUGGAGCUAACAUAGUACAUGGAUCUCUGCAUGGGAGGAAUGUUUUUGCUGUGAAUCGAAACCACGGAAUUGUGGGAGACUUUGAAUUCACAAAAUCAGAGGAACAACGUGCUGUGGCAAACACACUGGUUGUCGGUACCCUGAGCUUAGUUGCUCCUGAACUAAAAAUGGGACAGCCAGCUUCUCCAGCCUCUGAUAUGUAUGCUUAUGGCUGCCUUCUGUUCUGGGAUGAUAAAGUUAAAUCUCUUCUCCUGAAUUUGUUCUGCUGUAACAGACUGACAGCUGAGCAGGUGCUGAGGGAUGAUUGUUUCCAAGCAGUUGACACAAUUCCAGUUUCACCACAACCAGGUGGAGAACAUGAGCCACAUGAAGAACAGGAGCCAUGUGAGGAACAUGAGCCAUGUGAGGAACAUAAUUCUGAAAAGACAGAUGAAAAAAAAAGCGAAUAA